AUGAAUGGAUUUAUUGCCGUUCACUGUGGAGCUGGAUAUCAUAGCGAUACACUACGAAAGGAAUACCAAAAAACAUGUUACACGGCAUGUAGAAAAGCAGCACAAGCACUUGGUGCAGGAGGAAAUGCUGUUGACGCUGUAGAAAAAGCUAUAGUCGAAUUAGAAAAUAGUGCUCUAACAAACGCUGGGUACGGAUCAAAUUUAAGCUGGGAUGGCUUAGUUGAAUGUGAUGCUUCCAUUAUGAAUGGACAAACUCUUCAUUUUGGUGCAUGUGGGGCUGUGUCAAAUGUUUGGAAUCCUAUCACAUUGGCAAAACAGCUGUGUAUAAAGCAAUGUGACAAUCUUUCAUUGGGUAGAGUACCACCAUGUAUUCUCACAGGUAACGGUGCAAGAACUUGGGCUGAAAGAAUGGGGUUGGAGAUUGUUGAUGAUAAGAAAAUGAUUUCAGCAAGAGCAUUCCGAAAUUACAAACAUUGCAAGCGAAAACUAAAAAGAUAUUCACUACAAAAUGAUGUAAGAUUUAGUCCCUUGGACACAGUUGGUGCAGUCUGUGUUGAUUCCAAUGGUAUUGUGGCUUCAGGUGCUAGUUCUGGUGGGGUUUCACUAAAACAUGAAGGUAGAGUUGGACAAGCUGCUUCCUUUGGAAGUGGAGUAUGGGCUUUCAUGAGCAGAGAUGGUAUUACACCCUCAGUGGCUUCAUGCACUUCAGGAUGUGGAGAGCACUUGAUUAGAACACAAUUAGCUAAAAAUACAGCAGAGAGCUUAAUUGUAUCUUCACCAGCUUUGGGCCUAGAUAAAUGCUUAAAGGAAAACUUUUUAGAAUCUCCAUUUUUGUGGGACGUCCCUGAAAGAUUAGGGGGUACAUUGGGCUUAACCUUUAAUCCACAAAUCGGAGAAGGUGAACUAUUAUGGGGGCAUACAACAAAGACAAUGUGUAUUGGAUACAUGUCAACAGAAGUUCCAAAGCCAAAGUGUAUUAUUUCAUAUCUACCAGUUAAGGCAGAUGUUGGGCGUAAGUCAGUAGUUUCUGGAGUUCCUUUCAAAGUUUCUAAACAACUUUCUCCUGUGCUUCAGUGGGAAAUUAUGACAGAGCAAAAUACAAAUGGAUUUGUUUCUUAG